AUGUCGAAGACUGACGUACCAGAGAGCCUCAGAAGGGACUGUCCGGAUUGGCGCAUUCGGUACGCGAUCUGGGGCCAGCAGUGGGGAAACCCUAGCUAUGCUGCUGCUGCCCGACUCGCCGCAGCGGAUGGAAGUAGUGAGUCGUCGUUUGUGGCCACGCCGGAGGCGCCCGAGCAAGUUCAAGACGCAACAUUGGACGUUUCAAGCACCAUUUCGGCGAAUGACCUAGCUCAGCGCGAUGGAGAAACCGUCGAGGGAGACAUUCCAGGUGAAGCUGGGGCAACGUCGCACGUUGCGGGGGUGCAGUACGACCAAGAGCCAUCGCGGCCACUUUUCCGGUCACCACUGCUACCUCCCUCUGCACACGAGCAGGAAGCGCGUGCGAACAUCGCUGAGCCUGCAGCGCUCUACCAUGCUUCGGUCGCUCCAGACCUGUACCAACCGCAGACGUAUGCGUCGCCAACGGGCUAUUCGCUGGGAGUGGCACCGGGAAUGUCGGAGCCUGACGACGUGAAUCCCCAGUCGAACACGCUGGCUGCUUCGAACCCGUACCUCGAGUACUCGUACGACAUCGCGGAUUACUCAUACCCGACCCUCGGGUACGCAAACGGGACGCACAUCGAUGCCCCUACAGGCAUGGCAGGGUCAGAGACAACGGCCCACUGGAUCCCGAACCAACCAGCGACAGACAUAUACGGCUCCCUUCCAGCUGCCCGGAGCGGAAGUGCUAGGGACGACAACAACUUCGAGACAGUGAUUUCGGGCCAGUCGAGCGCAGCUUCGACAUCGCUCGAUUCGUCAUACCAUCGCCAGGUCGCAGAAUUGCCGUCGCUACAGACCCAUUUCGACAAUCUUGUCGUCGACGCGGACUGGCCGCAGUGGGAUGGAGUCGCUAGCGACGAAGUUCUCUCGCAGGAGCAGUGGUUGGAAAUCAUUGCCGCAGCCGCUCAGCAGGCUGCGCCAGGAGAGCCCGAUUCGGCGAUGGCAAUGAAGCGCGACGACUUCGGCGGUUACAACGCCGCGCCAUUCCAUGCACUUGAGCACAUGCCCUCUCCGGCACCUGCCAACCAAGGGCAGAACUUCACGACCGGCGCAGCGCCGCCAGCCGGUCUCCUUUGGACGGAUGCUCCGUCCGUCGAGCUGGCGGAAUGGCUCAGUCUUCCGAGCGACUUCGAGGUUGACGCGUCGCCUGACAUGGCCAUGGCUGAUGACGGGUUGCGCACCUCGCAUCUGCCGGGGAACGACCAGUUGAAUCCUUGGUCUGGCGGUGGUGCCUCCGCCGAAUCCUCUCAAGAGGAGCCAUCACACGACUCCCGGAUGCACCAGGGGUACUGGAAGUGGUAG